CGAGCGAACAGCACGUAGUGCUCAUUUAGCCGUCAGACCGGCCGCGAGUCUCUUUCUCUCUUUUUUUUUUCGUGCGUCUGUCACUCUUUGAUUCACUCACUGAUCCACUCGUUUAUCCAAUUGGUUCAUCUUUCUUUCUUUUCCUUCUUUUCCCCGUGUUUUCCCCGAGUUUGAGGAUGAGGCUGGAGAUUUUGAUCGUGUCCGCUCUGAGUGGGCUGGGCUCCGCGACUGGGAUUGGGAGUUGCAGAUGUACUCCAGAGAGCUCCUGUUGGCCGUCCAUGGAAACGUGGAAUAGCUUGAAUUCCUCGGUUUCAGGGAAAUUGAUCCGCAACACCCCCCCGGCCAUCUCCUGUUACCCCGGCACCUACUACGACGAGAAGGAAUGCGCCGAGGUGCACCGGCGCUGGUACGAUUCUCGGUUUCAAUCGGAGCAACCCGUCGGAUAUGUUUAUCCCACCAACGAUCCCUGCCCCUUGGUCGAUGUCGGUGAUGGAGAAAAGCCCGGCAAUUGCACCCUCGGCCCCGCCCCUGUCUAUACCAUCAAUGCCACCAAGACCGAGGACCUUGUUGCGGGCCUGCAAUUCGCCAAGGAAAAGAAUAUCCGCUUUGUCCUGCGAAAUACAGGCCAUGAUCUCAUCGGAAAAUCCGAGGGCUAUGGCGCCCUGCAGGUCUGGAUCAAGUAUAUGCGGGAUGGCGUCAAGGUCCAUGAUAAGUACGAGCCACCGGAGGGAUGUACCGCGUCGGAUUGGAAUGGCCACGCCAUUACUGUCGCCGGUGGCUAUGUCUGGGAAGAUGUGUACAGUGAAGCAUUUUCCCGGAACUUGACCGUCGUCGGUGGGGGUGACCCGACGGUGGGUUGCAUUGGCGGAUAUAUACAAGGAGGAGGCCAUUCCCCAGCGAGCCGGGACUACGGUCUAGCUGCCGAUCAGAUCCUCGAUGCGCAGGUCCUCCUAGCCAACGGCACCACGGUCACGGCCAGUGCCUGCCAGAACUCCGAUCUGUAUUUCGCUCUCCGUGGAGGUGGCGGCGGAACUUAUGGCAUCGUGCUGUCAAUGACGAUCAAGGCCUAUCCCUCCAAGUCCGUCGUGGCCCAGUCGCUGGCCAUCUUCCCCCUCACGGACAACGUCGAUCCCUUGCUGGAAGCCAUCACCGAUAUCCACGAGCAAUAUCCUGCCAUUAACGACGCAGGGUUCUCGGGAUACGGUAAGUGGUCGAUCAAUGCUCCCCAGCCCCUGGCUGGUAACGAGACCGUCGGAUACGUGCACGCCAUUGCUCUGAUGGGGAAGUCAAGGGAGUGCGCUGAGGAAGCGUUCGCGCCGGUUCUUGACAAGUUGCAAACAUACAACGGCACCUCCCUCUCCGUCAGAGUCGACUGGUUCGAGUUUCCCAGCUAUUCCGCAUACUACAAGGCCAUGUCUGGGAAUAGGGAGGCGACCGGGGGAGGAAACUCGGCCUUGACCUCCCGCAUGUUUGACAAGAAGGCGCUCACGGACGAUCGAAAGGCUCUGCGGGAGAUGAUUGGCACCAUUGCGGGGGACCCCAGGGAAUAUACGAUUCUGAACAUCGAACUCAACGGUGGUGGCCAGGUCGCCAAGCCGGAUUCACUUUCGGGGUUGAACCCAGCGUGGCGAUCUGCCUACAUGGUCGAGGUGGUUGCCAGGGGGUGGCCCGCAGAUGCGGAUGAAGCCACCAAGAAGUCCGUCAUCGCCGACAUCUCCUACAACAAGAACUGGGCGAUGAGACGUCUGACCCCAUCGUUGGGGAGCUACUUGAACGAGGCCGAUCGGAGAGACCCUCUGUGGGCGACGGAUUUCUACGGAACCCACUACAUUCCCCUCAGUAUUAUCAAGAGAAAGUAUGACCCCACCGAUUUCUUCUACUGCCCAACGUGCGUGGGGAGUACCUCGUGGUACCAGGAGUACCUGCCAGGGCAGGACUACGGUCCGCUGUGCUCCACCGGAUUAUAAACCAGGGGCAAACGUGUUGUACCAUAAUCCAUCGGUAGAUCCAAACAGAGUUCGUGCUUGGGCCAAAGCUUGUACCUCGUCGACCCAACGUGGCCA